AUGGUUCCGAUACACAUAAACAUUAGGAGUGUUGUCCGUCUUUGGAACCUUCUCAACAAGGCUCCAAUAAACAACGAGACAGACCAUAGCUGUGACAUCAAUGUGAGUGAUGAGAACUGCCUGGAGGAACCUGAGAUGAAAGCUCAAAUUGUCAAACACGGGAUUGAUAGGAGCACUAAUAGAUGGGACACCCUCCACCACCCAGCAGAACACAGCAGUAUCAAAAUAGAAUUGAGAGACAACACGGAUCACCCGGCUUACGACUGGCACAUUUACACCGACGGGGCCAGCAAUGGAGAUGGCACAGGGGCAGCUCUGGUUAUCUAUCACAACCACGAUAAGGUGGUUGUACACGAGGAAUAUUACAAGCUAGGUGAGCUCUGUACUAAUAACCAGGUGGAGCUCUGGGGUCUGGAUAGAGCCCUCAACUACGUCAUCAAGAACAUUAAAUGCAUGAAAGGAUCUAUUAAAUUCAUAACCGAUAGCAGGUACGCUCUUCGAAGCGUCAAUGACAGAAAGCAUCAAACCGAUACUGGGACAAACAUCCAGCAGAUGGCAAGGCACCUCAGUAAAAUGAGACUGGUCAGCUUUGGUUGGGUCCCUGGCCAUGCCGGGAUUCAAGGUAACGAAACAGCCGACGCCCUCGCAAAGAGAGCAGCUAAAAGUAACAUAAAUAUAUCAUUCAGCAGGCUCCCCCUAAAUUACAUCCAUAAGCAACUAAACUCCAUUAUCAUAAAAGAAUGGACCAAUUCCUCCACAGGAAGAACAACGUUCAACUUCCUCCCAUCCAUCAAAGCCCGUCAGGGUAUGAACUACCUCUCUCCCUCUUACCACCUUACCCAGGUGCUUACUGGCCACGGGAACAUCCCUAGCUAUUUACACCGCAUUAAAAAGAGGAACGACGAUCACUGCGACUGCGACGGGUCCACUACAGGUGACAUCAGUCACAUUCUUACCGACUGCCCGAAUCAUGACACACCAAGGAAUGCACUCAUAAACUACUGUAUAACUAACGGUACAACCUGGCCUCCGCCAUGGGAGUUCUUCUGUGCAACCAAAGAGGCAUACAGCCAACUCGACAAAUUUGCGAAGGACUGCGGCAUCUUUGCCGUCAACUCAGCAACCUGA